AUGCGCCUACCUUGGUGGGGUGAAGGGCCUGCAGUUGGCCUGAGUUCUGUGAUGCUUCAAUUACCAUUCCGUAUGUUAGGUACGAAAUUGCUGUGGUGGACGUGGCACGAUACUGAUCCAACGAUUGAAGACAGAAUGUUCUGGACUCCAUGGAGCUCUUUAUACUUUUAUGCCGCAUGUGCUUGUUCUUUUGUAUGGAUGCUCCGACUAACUAGACGCUUGUUGCUUGAAAAGGAGUAUGACUGGAUGAAAUUCCCAAAGGAGUUGACAUGCUCCUUUCUAACUGGAGUACUGUCGUACUGGCUAGGAACCGCACAGUUUGCUUUGAGCAAAAGAAAAAGGAAGCGAAACAAAAAUAUUGUAGAUGAACUUCAAGCUCACACAUUCCAUCGCUUAGUGAACGGAUGGAUGUGUUAUGCUUUAUUUUGCACUCCAACUUGUUACUACGCACCAUGA